AUGGGCCUGGGCCCGGCCACCAGGGGCGAAUGCCGGCGCCGCUCCCUUAGGUUCCCCCGGCCCCGCCUCAAACCCGCCUCGAGAACCGCGAGUUUAGGGCCAGAUGACCACCAGCCUGCUCCUGGAACUUCACCUGGGCCCCAGUCGGGUCGUCGUAGGAGUGGGGCUCCCUCCCAUUGGGCUCCCACGUCCAGGCCUGGAACCCUCCGGGGUCGUUCUGCAGGUCCCAGCCGGCCGUCGGGUCCCCAGCAAGAAGAAUCUGUGGGGUCUCAAGCGUGGGUCCAGCUCUUGCCCAAGCAGCCACAGCAGGGCCCAUCAGAACAGGGCAGAAGCAACAUCCAGCAGGGGGAGAAGCCCGUAGUUAGCUUGGAGUCCACACCCAAUCAGAAGAGAGCAGAGUGGCCUUCAACCCCGAAGCCUGGGAGCGCAGGCAGGUUAAUAAAGAAAGCAGCGGAGGACAAACCCAGACCCAGACCCGGAGACCUGAUUGAGAUUUUUCGAAUUGGCUAUGAGCACUGGGCCAUCUAUGUGGAAGACGACUGUGUGGUCCACCUGGCUCCCCCAAGUGAGGAAUUUGAGGCUGGCAGCAUCACCUCCAUCUUCAGCAACCGGGCGGUGGUGAAAUACAGCCGUCUGGAGGACGUGCUGCACGGCUGUUCCUGGAAGGUCAACAACAAGCUGGACGGUAUGUACCUGCCGCUGCCAGUGGACCAGAUCAUCCAGAGGACGAGACAGAUGAUCAACAAGAUAGUACAGUACAGUCUGAUUGAAGGCAACUGUGAGCACUUUGUCAAUGACCUCCGAUACGGCGUGCGCAGGAGCCAGCAGGUGGAGCACGUACUGAUGGAAGGAGCAAAGGCUGCAGGAGCGGUGAUUUCGGCUGUGGUGGACAGCAUGAGACCCAGACCCGCAUUGGCCUGA